CUUGCAGUAAACACACGCGCGCGCGCACACACACACACACACACGCACCGGGUCUGACCUGAGGAGCGAAUGGAGCUGUGUGCUUUUAUCCCGCGCUGUGACCGAGACAACCAGCUUCCUUUUUCAUCUCAACUUCACGGAGCUUUUACUUUAUAAAGUUCUAGUGCAUGGAUCCCAAACAUGGAUGUGAUGUAUGACGAGAACGCAACCCGAGACGACGCCACCUCCUUCUCUAACUGCUGCACUCUGCUGGACGUCCCGGUUGAAGGAGCUUUAUUAGAAGGUCUGGAGGAUAGCACGCAGCUUGUGGGGGUUCAGGUGGUUCUCAUCUUUGCCUACAGCGCCAUCAUCCUGUUUGGCGUGAGCGGAAACUCUUUGGUGAUUUACGUCGUGUACAAGUUCCGCAACCUCCACACGGUCACCAACUUCUUCAUUGCUAACCUGGCUGUAGCGGACCUGCUGGUGAACGCGCUGUGCCUGCCCUUCACACUGAUGGCCACACUCUCAGGCCAGUGGAAGUUUGGUCAGGUGAUGUGUUACCUGUUACCGUACUCUCAGGGCCUGACCGUUCAUGUGUCCACCAUUACGCUCAGUGUGAUCGCGCUGGACCGCUACCGCAGCAUUGUCCACCACACCGAGACCAAAAUGUCUAAAGAUGUGUGUGUGGUGGUCAUCAUCAUCACAUGGAUAGCCAGUGCUGUGCUUGCCAGCCCCUUGGCCAUCUUCCGUGAAUAUGUGACCUUUCACCUGACGCCUGAGCACAUCAUUCAGGGUUGUGUGGAGAAAUGGCCAGGCAGCAGUGCAGACGGAACCGUGUACAGCGUGGCCACGUUCCUGCUGCAGUACGGCCUGCCCCUGUCGGUCAUCUCCUACGCCUACGCCUGCAUCUGGAGCAAACUCAGGAAGCACAUGAGCCCCGGAGGAGGACACAGCGAGCGACAUCGACGCCGCCGGAAAACCACGAAGAUGCUGGCGGCCGUAGUGGCCGUGUUCGCCGUCAGCUGGCUACCAUUUCACGCCUUCCAGCUGGCUGUGGAUAUCGACAGCAGCGUCUUGGACAUGAAGGACUUUAAGCUGCUCUACACCGUGUUCCACGUCAUCGCCAUGUGCUCCACGUUCGCUAACCCCAUCCUGUACGGGUGGAUGAACCGGAACUACCGGGAGGCCUUCGCCGCGACGUUUCAGUGCGCUCUGCCCGAGGGCGUGUUAGGGAGAGCACACGGCAAAGACACGGUGAGAGACAACGCUCUCAGACACAAAUGUACCAUCAGCACACUGACUCAGGACAACACACACCUGUGACAGUGUGGCAUGGUCAGGACAAUAACACACCUCAACACAACACAACAAAGAAUAAAGUCACCACAGACAACGGUUAAAUCUUCACAGAUAAACACGUGUGUCAGUGUCCAGGUCUCUGUGUUUGUCCUGUUUAAGGUCAGUUUCAGAUCAGAACCAUGUGUGAUGUGUGUUUUAACGUAUACGUUGUGUACAUCAGAAGUUUAGUGUGUUUCUGUUGUUAAUAUAAAGAAGAGAAAAUCAUUGAUGAUGAUGCAGUAGACGAAAACACUGCAGAUCGGUACACGCUCCUCUCCUUUCAAUUUCUCAAGUAACAAACCUGAUAAAGUCUGGACAUGAUGGAGGGCAGUGUGUCACGCUGCAGUCCCUGCACUGAAUCUCACUGUCAAUAACGCCAGCCUCCAGCUCCCUUUCAUUUACAGCCUCGGACAGACGCACGGCUACUCUAGAAACACACACAACGCUAUAGAACAGACUGGAUUAUUUUAAAAACAGUUGUGAAAUAAUUAGGAGCGUUUUUGUGUCUCGGACGGUUGUCUCGGUUUCAGGAGCAGAGCCGACAUCAUGAAGAUAAUGACUGUGUCCAAGGCGUCGGCCGGCGGAGCUCCGGUCACCAGCUGCACACUGACCUCUGAUUUACUCAGCAUGUGUUUUACACCAGAGAACCUGCAGUCGCUUAAUCCCCAUUAUACACACACACACACACACACAUUAAUGCAUAUGGGCUAAUACAUUGUUGUGUGUGUGGUAGUUACUCAGCGUUGGUCAGUUGAUCAGACUACACAAAUAAACAUUAGACUUUUUGUGAUCAUUUCUUAUGACACUUUUAUCUCUGUGUUUUUCUUCAUUUCGUCUUUUCUUUAA